ACUGCCCAGGUCUCAUAACAAGGGCCUCAAAACCCACAAGUAAAUUACCAGCCAAGACAAAACAGUGACCGUUUUCACUUCAACCUCCUUAAGGCGGUUGCUGUAGUUGAAGUCUCGUGCCUAGGUUGUCUGUUAUUAACCAGCGGCAGAUAUGGCAACUGUAAUAAUAAAGAGAUUAGCAAAAUCUCCUUUUGUUUUGAUUACUGUUUUAGUCACUCUUGCUGCUUUCUCCUUCACCCCCAGAUUUCCCUUCAAAUCCUUUAGCAAUUCUCUUCAACAACAGAGGUUGUUCACUGCUGAAGAACUUGCUUUGUACAAUGGAACUGAUGAUACGUUGCCCAUCCUUUUAGGAAUUCUUGGAUCUGUGUUUGAUGUAACAAAAGGAAAAUCUCAUUAUGGGGUAGGAGGGGGUUACCACCAUUUUUCUGGAAGAGAUGCUUCUCGUGCAUUUGUUUCAGGAAACUUUACAGGAGAUGGACUCACAGACUCAUUGCGUGGUUUGUCGAGUACUGAGGUGAAGAGUAUUGUUGAAUGGCGAGAAUUCUACUUCAGAAGCUACACUGAAGGAAAUCCUACCAAAUCUUUGAAGGGAGUUGAAGCAAAGGCUGCAAGAGGCACCCAGCUUCUGGAGAAACAGAAAAAAGAGGAUGCCAAACAGCCUAGUUGCAAUUCGAGGUGUAGGCAGGAAGAGGGUGGAGAGUUCCAAUCAGCCUUCAGCUACACUGUGAGGAUAGCUCCUGGAGGAAUCUGA